AUGUACUCAAGACGAAGAGUCCCUGGGGCCCGGCGUCUGCUGCUCUCGCUUCUUCUCGUCGCCGCCUGGGAGACUGGGAGCGGCCAGGUCCACUACUCGGUCCCCGAGGAGGCCAAGCACGGCACCUUCGUGGGCCGCAUCGCGCAGGACCUGGGGCUGGAGCUGGCCGAGCUGGUGCCGCGCCUGUUCCGGGUGGCGUCCAAAGGCCGCGGGGACCUUCUGGAGGUGAAUCCGCAGAACGGCAUCCUGUUCGUGAAUUCCCGGCUGGACCGCGAGGAGCUGUGCGGGCGGAGCGCGGUGUGCGGCGUCCACCUGGAGGUGAUCGUGGAGAAGCCGCUGCAGGUUUUCCACGUGGAGGUGGAGGUGAAGGACAUUAACGACAACGCGCCGGUGUUCCCAGCGACACAAAGGAAUCUGUUUAUCGCGGAAUCCAGGCUGCUUGACUCUCACUUUUCACUAGAGGGCGCGUCUGAUGCAGACAUUGGAGUCAACGCUCUGCUCACUUACAGACUGAGUCCCAAUGAAUAUUUCUCGCUGGAUGCACCAGCCGAUGACGAGGAAGCCAAACCUCUUGGACUUGUACUAAAGAAGCUUUUAGACAGGGAAGAAUCUCCGGAGCAUCAAUUAUUGCUCAUCGCCGCUGAUGGGGGUAAACCUGAGCUGACUGGAACAGUUCAGUUACUCAUCACAGUGCUUGACGCCAAUGACAACGCCCCGACUUUUGACAAAACACUCUAUAAAGUGAAAUUACCAGAAAAUGUUCCUAAUGGAACAUUGGUAAUUAAACUUAAUGCCUCAGAUUUAGACGAAGGCUUGAAUGGAGAUAUAGUGUAUUCAUUCACUAAUGAUGUUCCUUUAACUAUAAAAUCUAAAUUUUUCAUAGACCCCAGAAGUGGGGAAAUCACAACGAUAACACAGAUUGAUUUUGAAGAAAGUAAAUCCUAUAAAAUCCGAAUAGAGGCUACUGACAAAGGCUUUCCCCCACUGGCUGGUCACUGUACAGUUUUCGUGGAUAUUGUAGACGCUAAUGAUAACGCUCCAGAGUUGGUUGUCAAAACGCUCUGGCUCCCUAUUAAAGAGGACGCACAGCCAGGCGCUGUCAUCGCUCUGAUCAGCGUGACUGAUCAAGACACAGGCGUAAAUGGGCAGGUGACCUGUUCCCUGACACCCCGUGUCCCUUUCAAGCUGGUGUCCACCUUCAAGAAUUACUACUCAUUGGUGCUGGACGGAGCACUGGAUCGCGAAACCGUGUCAGACUAUAGGUUGGUGGUGACAGCGCGGGACGGGGGAUCACCUUCGCUGUCGGCCACAGCCAGCGUGUCCGUGGAGGUGGCCGACGUGAACGACAACGCGCCCGCCUUCGCGCAGCCCGAGUACACGGUGUUCGUGAAGGAGAACAACCCGCCCGGCAGCCACAUCUUCACGGUGUCUGUGCACGACGCGGACGCGCAGGAGAACGCGCUGGUGUCCUACUCGCUGGUGGAGCGGCGGGUGGGCGAGCGCGCGCUGUCGAGCUACGUGUCGGUGCACGCCCAGAGCGGCAAGGUGUACGCGCUGCAGCCGCUGGACCACGAGGAGCUGGAGCUGCUGCAGUUCCAGGUGAGCGCGCGCGACGCGGGCGUCCCGCCUCUGGGCAGCAACGUGACGCUGCAGGUGUUCGUGUUGGACGAGAACGACAACGCGCCGGCGCUGCUGCCAACUGGGUCGGGCGGAGCGGGCGGCGCGGUGAGCGAACUGGUGCCGCGGUCGGUGGGCCCUGGCCACGUGGUGGCGAAGGUGCGCGCGGUGGACGCGGACUCUGGCUACAACGCGUGGCUGUCAUAUGAGCUGCAGCCGGUGACGGGCGGCGCGGGCAGCCUGUUCCGCGUGGGUCUGUACACAGGCGAAGUGAGCACCACCCGCGCCCUGGACGAGGCGGAUGUGCCGCGCCAGCGCUUGCUGGUGCUGGUGAAGGACCAUGGGGAACCGCCUCUGGCAGCUACGGCCACCGUUCUGGUAACGCUAGUGGAGAGCGGCCAGGCACUGAAGACGUCCUUGCGGGUGGCCGCGAGCUCCGCGGGCCGGGAAGUGGCGCUGGUGGAUGUCAACGUGUACCUGAUCAUCGCCAUCUGCGCGGUGUCCAGCCUGCUGGUGCUCACGCUGCUGCUGUACACGGCGCUGCGGUGCUCGGCGCCGCCGACAGAGGGCGCGUGCGGGCCGGGGAAGCCCAUGCUGGUGUGCGCCAGCGCGGUGGGGAGCUGGUCUUACUCUCAGCAGAGGCGGCAGAGGGUGUGCUCUGGGGAGGGGCCGCCCAAGGCCGACCUCAUGGCCUUCAGCCCCAGCCUCCCACCGUGUCCAGGAUCUGCAGAUGGAAUGGAGGAUCUACACACUUCUACUGACUCUUCAGGGAAGGUGAGUUGCUAGAGUAUUUUAUUUAUUCAUUCACUUUAG